GAUCUCAAGAGGAUUUAAUCACUCGAUUCAGCCAUGGCUCAGCCUCUCGUGAAGAAAGAUGACGAUCGUGACGACGAAGCGGAGUACUCUCCAUUUUUGGGAAUUGAGAAGGGUGCGGUUCUGCAAGAAGCUAGAGUUUUCAAUGACCCUCAGCUUGAUCCUAGAAGAUGCUCUCAGGUCAUCACAAAGCUUCUCUAUUUACUGAACCAAGGAGAAACAUUCAAUAAGAUCGAAGCCACAGAAGUUUUCUUUUCUGUGACAAAGCUUUUUCAAUCAAGAGAUAUAGGCUUGAGGAGAAUGGUGUUUUUGAUUAUAAAGGAGCUAUCUCCGUCCGCUGAUGAGGUUAUUAUUGUGACUAGCUCCCUUAUGAAGGACAUGAAUAGCAAGACGGAUAUGUAUCGGGCAAAUGCUAUACGUGUGCUUUGCCGCAUAACAGAUGGAACCCUUCUAACCCAGAUUGAACGGUAUUUGAAACAAGCAAUUGUUGACAAGAACCCAGUAGUUGCUAGUGCAGCCUUAGUCAGUGGAAUCCACUUACUCCAGACAAAUCCAGAGAUUGUGAAAAGAUGGAGUAAUGAGGUUCAGGAAGCUGUGCAAUCAAGGGCAGCCCUUGUACAGUUUCAUGCUUUGGCUUUGCUGCAUCAGAUAAGACAGAAUGAUCGACUUGCUGUUAGCAAGUUGGUUACCAGUUUGACUAGGGGAACUGUUCGGUCUCCUCUGGCACAAUGUCUCUUGAUACGUUACACUACUCAGGUAAUUCGUGAGUCUGCGACUAACACUCAAGCAGGAGACCGCCCUUUUUACGAUUUUCUUGAGAGUUGUCUGCGCCAUAAGGCAGAGAUGGUGAUUUUUGAGGCUGCCAGAGCAAUCACUGAGCUCAAUGGUGUGACAAGCCGAGAACUGACUCCAGCAAUUACUGUGCUUCAGCUCUUUUUGAGUUCUUCCAAGCCUGUUUAGAGAUUUGCUGCUGUUCGCACUUUGAACAAGGUGGCAAUGACACAUCCAAUGGCUGUCACUAACUGCAACAUUGAUAUGGAGAGAUUAAUAUCUGACCAGAACAGAAGUAUUGCAACACUUGCUAUUACCACACUUCUGAAGACUGGAAAUGAAUCAAGUGUGGACCGAUUGAUGAAGCAGAUAACUAAUUUCAUGUCUGAUAUUGCUGAUGAGUUUAAGAUUGUUGUGGUGGAAGCCAUAAGAUCAUUAUGCUUAAAGUUCCCGCUGAAAUACAGAGCUCUGUAAGAUGAACUUUUGAGCAACAUUCUUAGGGAAGAAGGUGGAUUUGAGUACAAAAAGGCAAUUGUAGAUUCAAUUGUGAUCCUGAUCAGAGAUAUUCCCAAAGCAAAAGAAAGUGGGCUGCUUCACCUUUGCGAGUUCAUUGAAGAUUGUGAAUUUACUUAUCUUUCUACACAGAUACUACAUUUUCUAGGAAUUGAAGGCCCCAAAACUUCAGAUGCCAGCAAAUAUAUUCGAUACAUUUAUAAUCGUGUACAUCUUGAGAAUGCAACUGUUCGUGCUGCUGCUGUUAGCACAUUGGCUAAGUUUGGUGCUAUGGUUGAUUCAUUGAAGCCUCGCAUUUUUGUUCUGUUGAGACGCUGUCUCUAUGACAGUGAUGACGAGGUUCGUGAUAGGGCAACACUUUACUUGAAUACGCUUGGGGGUGAUGGUGCAGUUGUUGAAACUGAUAAAGAUGUGAAGGAAUUCCUUUUUGGGUCAUUGGACAUCCCUCUUAACAACCUUGAGACAAGUUUGAAAAACUAUGAGCCAUCGGAAGAACCUUUUGAUCUUGAUGCUGUGCCCAAGGAAGUUAAGUCACAGCCACUUGCCGAAAAGAAAGCCCCGGGUAAAAAGCCAACUGGUCUUGGUGCUCCUCCAAGUGGCCCUACAUCAACUGUUGAUGCUUAUGAGAAACUGCUUUCUUCAAUUCCCGAGUUCUCUGAAUUUGGAAAGCUUUUCAAGUCCUCAGCCCCUGUUGAGCUAACUGAAGCAGAAACAGAAUAUGCAGUUAAUGUUGUCAAGCACAUUUUUGAUAGGCAUGUUGUGUUUCAGUACAACUGCACUAAUACAAUUCCAGAACAAUUACUGGAAAAUGUCUCUGUAAUUGUGGAUGCUUCUGAAGCUGAGGAGUUUUCUGAAGUAGCAACAAAACCCUUAAGAUCUCUACCUUAUGAUUCACCUGGACAAACUUUUGUUGCAUUUGAGAAGCCAGAGGGAGUCCCAGCAGUUGGAAAAUUUUCUAACAUGCUUAGAUUUAUUGUUAAAGAGGUUGAUCCGAGCACUGGUGAGGCAUUGGAUGAUGGUAUGGAAGAUGAUUACCAGUUGGAGGACCUUGAGGUUGUUGCAGCUGAUUACAUGAUGAAAGUGCCCGUCGCCAAUUUCAGGAAUGCAUGGGAAAGCAUUGGUCCAGAUUUUGAGCGUGUCGAUGAAUAUGGCCUUGGCCCAAGGGAAAGCCUGACUGAAGCUGUUAGUGCUGUCAUCAGCCUUCUCGGCAUGCAGCCCUGUGAGGGCACGGAGGUUGUACCAAACAACUCAAGGUCACACACGUGUCUAUUAUCCGGUGUUUUCAUUGGCAACGUAAAGGUGCUCGUGCGGUUGCAAUUUGGAGUUGAUGGUCCAAAGGACAUUGCAAUGAAACUAGCAGUUAGAUCCGAGGAUGAAAACGUCAGUGAUAUGAUUCACGAGAUUGUAGCCAGCGGCUAAAAUUGAUCUAGUAUUUGAGCCCUAAGUUUUUCUUCCUUGGAGAUGAAAUGAGAGGCAGAUGGCUGCAAAAAGACCAAAGCUUGUUUAAGAUGAAUUGCUCGUCCUGGACUGGGAUUUGGUCGUGCUAGAGGGAAUAUCAUUUGCGUCAGUUAUCUGUUUACAGGAUAAUAAUAUUCUUUGUAUCAUGAGCCAAAUUCAUAGGAGUUCUUUUUUUUUUUUUUUGGCCCCUCUUUUUUAGAGCUCUAAAGCGGGAUUAAAUAUAGAUGCCAUCAAGCCUGCUUCAUUUUACUCCUGCUCAUAUACGCAAUAUGAUUUUUGAGGCCUUGCAGUGUUAUUAAGCAGUGUGAAUUUUGAAA